UGUGUCCACCAUCUUGUGAGGCCUCAGGUUGUGACGUAUAUGAUAAAGGUAACAGCACUUGGGGCCCCUGCUCACAUUUCUACACCCAUUGUCCAGAGAGAAAGUCAGCAGCACUUUUAGGCUUUCAUUAACAUCACUCAAAUACCUGGACAAAAACAAAAUCACAUCUAUGAAUUUAAAGGACUUUUCUGCUAACAUCUGAGCUUCAGAUUUAACGCUGAGGAGUAAGACAGAAGAAGAAGCUGGCCAUCUGACAAAGGAAUUAAAACCAACCAUAACAACCAAGAUGGAAACACUUGAUCCUUCAACUCUAUCAGAUGUCACUUCUACUGUCGCCUACGACCCUAAAUCUGAGACAGUGACCUUACCAGGAGGAGUUGUCUCGGUUGCGGGCGUCACUGUGGUGACCGGGGGUGUUGAGCUGUCUUGUGGAUCCUGUAUGCUGGCUUUUGGUUUUUGGGGAACUCUCAUCGGCUUCAGUUGUGUAGCAGUGGGGCUGUGGGACCAACUGAACCACUCUGAAGGAGGAACCUCUCACUUACUGGGACUUGGAUUUGUAAUUCUGGCCUUCUGUUUCGUGGUGGUAGGAAGUGUGGUGGCAUUUCACCUCCUGACAAAGAAGAAGAGAGAGAUGACAAGAAGGGACAGAGAGGAUGGAAAAGAAGUUCUUGUAGAGAGUGGGAGGGUAAUUAAAAAAGUCACAAUAUAAAGAAGAAUUAUUUACAGGAUAUAGCCUAAGAGAAAUGGGGAAAAAAACUAAGUUCACUCCUGCUCUUCCCUUUAUAUUUUAAUCAAAAUUAUGUAGAAAUACAACUCCUGUUUUCCAGUGAAACACAACAUAUUCCCUCAUAUCAACAGCUGUCUUAACUAGUAACUUUGAUGAUCAGGAUUGUACAGAACAUAUGAGCAGCCUAUACAUUUUGUUGUGUAUGAUUUGUUGCAUUGUUAUAGAUGAAAGUACCCAGCAUAAGCCUAUAUGAAGUAGUUAAAAUAUAAUACUCUGAAAGGGGCCAUGCUGCCUGAUGCAUACUUUAUUUAUUUAACUUUAUUUACUUUACUUCUACGUAAGUAAGAAUACAGGACAUUUACUUGUAGUGUUUUUAUAAUUAGGUAUUGCUACUUUUAUUCAAGUAAUACUUGCACCAGUAGUACUCCUUAAACCACUGCCUACCACUGUUUUUCACUCAUUCCUGUAUUUUCUUUUGUUCUCACAACUGGUAAUUUAAAUGUAGUGUGGAAAACUCCCUGCAAACCACACAAACACAUACUAACAACAAGCACUGUAUUCACAUGCUGGGAUUGGAUGUCAAUAAAUCUGUUGAACUAAAACCAAAGGUUGCAGCGACUCUCUUACCGGAGUACAUAGCCAGCUCGGGUAGCGCCAGCACAUAACGUACACGGACUUCACAUGUAGCAUGUAGCAGUGUGUACUGUAAUAAAGUGACUACAUGUAAAAUGUGUAAGUUUGUGUGUGUGGGACAGAGACAGAGUGACACCUUCACUAAGUAUGUAAGUGCAUAU